AUGGGUGCAGUCAAUCCGUCAACUACAUUCUACUUUUCUUUCAAUGUAAUCUUGUAUUUGAUGAUUGCUGGAGCUGCUUUUGCAUACUUGGCAGUUUUAUCAGUAUGCAUCCUUCGACGGCAACAGUAUGCGAGUUUUAAGAAACGUGAUGUUUUAAUUGAACCCCGUACUGCUAUUGCCUUAAAGUAUGAAAAUGAGAAAUGUCCAGGAGGUCUGAAAAAUUCACCAUCAUCACUCUCAUCACCGUUUUCAUCAGAUAGCUCAAACUCUAGCCCUGUAGUAUCAACUCAAUCAUCCAUUAUUUUAUCACAACCAUUGAAUCGAUUAUCCCUUUCACAAUUGGGACCAGAUCGAGGAUUUAUUAAUUUCACCGUUUACUACAAUGUCGAAAAUUCAACAUUACAGGUUAAUAUAAUAUCUUGUCGAAAUUUACCAGAAUUAAUAAUAGCAUCUGAUGGUCAAUGUUUCUUGGAACCAUAUGUUAAACUUCAAUUAUUACCCGAAAAACAGCAUCGUGUUAAAACUCGUCUUGUUCGUGCAUCAAGAAAUCCACAAUAUGAUGAAAUAUUUUCCAUGUAUGGAAUGGAUACAUUGCAACUUGCUACAACAAGUUUACAUUUUGCGGUAGUUGCAUUCGAUCGUUACAGUCGAGAUACACUGCUAGGUGAAGCAGUAUAUUCAUUAAAAGAUGCAAAUUUGUUAAACAAUGAGAUUGUCACUGUGGAUCUGAAACUUGAAGGUCGUGGAAAAGAUGCAAAUAAUGAUAAUCGUGGACAAGUAUUGCUAUCAUUGUGCUAUCAGCCAACAACACAUCGAGUUACAGUUGUAUUAAUUAAAGCUAAAGGUUUACCAAAAUUGGAUGUCAGUGGAAUGGCUGAUCCAUACAUCAAAAUUUAUAUGCUUUAUAAGGAGCAACGGAUUUCCAAAAAGAGAAGUCAUGUAAAAAAAUGUACGCUAUCACCGGUUUACAAUGAAUCGUUUGUUUUUGAGUUACCGUGCACUGAGGACGAAGAUUUGGAUAAUGUUGAAUUUGAAAUUGUAGUUAUGGACUGGGAUCGCCUGACGAAAAAUGAGGUGAUGGGUAAAUGUUUUAUUGGACACAACGAUGAGCACUGGCUUCAGGUACGGAACAAUCCACGACGACAGAUUGCUGAGUGGCAUCAGUUAUCCGUAUGA